UCCUUCCUCUCUGCGCCCCCUGUCGAGAGAGGUGUAGGGGGCUUGCGGGAAGAGGGGCUGGGGUCUAAGCAUAGUGCUUUAAUUUGUUUUUAGAGGAGCUCCCCUUCCCCUCCCAGAACAGUGAGUCACCGUGCCACCGGCCCCGGAGCGCCCCAAGCGCAGAGCCCGAAGUGGGGAGCAGAAGGCAGCCCAGGCCUGCGACCACCCACGGUGGCCCCUCGGCGGUGUGGCCCAGGGGGGCCCAGACCCGGGAAGACCCUGAGGCGUUGCCUGAUUGGGUCCUUAAGGCCACGGGUCGGGGAGCCUAAUCACCCCCUUUUUGAAACAGGUUUAGGGGACCCGAGGAUUUAUUUUUUGUUUGUUUUACUUACCGAGUCUACUAAGUGGCAGAGCAAGGAUACACUGCUUUCUGAAUUUGAAAGACCUCACUUUUUCAACUGUAAUCACCUAUCUCCUCAAUUUACUCUUUCUUCCUUCGGGGAUUCUGUUAUUUAUGGCUGCCACGAAAAUGUCCAACUAUGGUAAACAUUUUGGGCCAGAACAAUUAAAGUGGCCAGAACCCGAGUCAAUUGUUUUGAUGGAGGCAUUGGCUAGAGAAGACAUAGAUGAAGCUGUAUACAUGAUAUUAUUUAGAGAAAAUUAUGUUGCGAAGAGAUUGGAUACGUAUUUUCAGCAUCUGGAUGUUUUUAAGGAAAGAAGAAAAGAGUUGUUACAUAAAAAAUGGACUGAAAAUGUUGCAAAGCCUCUUCAGCAGAGAAUUAUGGAAAAAGUAAUUUCAUAUAAAGGGUUGGAAAAAACAAAGAAUCCUGAAUAUUUUUUAAAGCACACAAAUAAAACCGAAAUUAUAUUUGGAGAUUAUGAUCCUGAAGUAUACAAGCCUUUUUAUAUGACAAAAAAGGACUCAAAUUAUGGAAAGGUUACGGUCCCACCGUUCUGUGAUCCUCUGUUUAGAAGACAGCAAGAGUUGGAUGAAGAGCGGAGGGCUAUUUUUCAGUAUAAGACGGGAAAACGAUGUACCUUAAAAGAAUUUAAAGAACUAGAGAAGGCCAGGCAGUAUGCCAGAUUGCCCCAGCUGACUUUCAGUCUCCACAGGGUGGUUCCAAAAGAGCAGCCCACAGCUUCUGCAAGGCCUGUGGGAAGCAAAACUCGUAACAAAUGCAGUCCUGAAAAGCUUGUCUGUGCAGAAGAGAAAUAUCCGCCUGAUAAAGAGAAAACGACUAGUGACCUAAGUCAGACUGUUUCUGAAAGGCAGUUUUAUUCCUCGAAGCUUGGCCAGGAGAGUAAAAAGCAUGAAAAGAAGAGUCUGGUUUUAGGAACCAGAUGGCACAGACGCAGAUCCUGGGUAGCUGGGGAAGGCCAGCAGAGGCGGAGGUCACAGCCCGUGGAAAGAAGAGUGAUGACAGCAGAGGUCCUGGGGCGGCACCUGGCCGCCCCCGGAACUGUGCCCCAUAAGGGGCCGUUUGUAACAAAGCUUUGCUGACCUUUACUUUGCAGUGUCUCUACAACAUUAAAACGCUGCCAACAUUUUUUCUCUCCAGAAAUGGAAAAACAGAAGAAAGAAAUAGAAGAUCAGUUUGCUUUGCUCAAUGCAGCUCAGCCUGACCAGCCAGACUUUCCCUAAAUUGAGGAAUAUCCAAAUAAUAAGUUACUGUUUAUUGA